UGCUCUGAGAAUGUUAUUAAGUUUAUCCCCUGCUCGAAGUAACCUCGUGGAAUGUUCUUUGCCUUUUACACUUCUUCUCUGCCUUGUCAGGGGGAGCCUUUGUUCUCUGCGUGCCACACAGAAUCACAGAACAUCCCAGGUUAGAAGGGACCCACAAGGAUGACUGAGGCCAACCCCCGGCCCCACACAGCACCACCCAAACCCGAUGUCUCACAGCGGCGUCCCAGCACUCCCUGAGCUCUGGCGUCAGGGCCGUGCCCGCUGCCACGGAGCUGUGCCGUGCCCACCGCCCUGUGCUGCAGAACCUCUCCCUGCCCCCAGCCGCCCCUCCCCAACGCAGCUCCACGCCGUUCCCUCAGCACGCAGCUCAGCGCUGCCCGUCCGCUCCCUGUGAGGAGCUGCAGCCGCCACGAGGCUCCGCUCGGCUCCUGUGCUCUGGGCUGAACCUACCCCAGGACUUCCUUUCCAGUGGUUGAGGUCUGACCACGUUCCUGUUUUAGCCUGAGAUGAAAACUGUCACUUCUACAAAGGUUAUGCUGUGGAACCUGCAGAAGGCUCGCCCCCUGUGGACCACAAACUUACAGGAGUGUGGAACAGAGGAAGACAGUCUGCAGUCAGCCGGCCAGCUCUUUAACCCCCCGCUUGCACAUUCCCUGUCUGUCGCAUCGUGCGGCAACGUCUUUGGCUGUGGAGCUCAAGAUGGUAAAGUCAGAAUAUUCCGAGUCACUGGUCUCAAAUUUGAACGUGAGCUGGAGUUUAAAGGCCAUAGUUUAGGAGUAUCACAAGUCCUCUUCAUUCCAGAAUCAUAUUGGUUGUUGACUGGGGGAAACGAUGGGAAAGUCUUGCUCUGGGAUGUUAAUAAUGACAUUGGAAAGCAGCAGAAAAGUCCAGCAAAGUCACUCCAUAAAAGGAAGGGCCAAGCAGCUGCUGCUGCCAGAAAAGAUGGAAAGCUCAACCAAGUGGCUUCAAAUGAACAUGCUAGAAUUUUACCAAAGCUAACCAUUGAGCAUGGAGAGAAGGUGAACUGGAUUACGUGCACAGAGAUCAAAGGCUCCAGGAGAGUAUUAGUUGCUGAUCAGAGUAGUUCUAUAUCUGUUUAUCCGUUGCCAGAGUCUUAGGCACUGAAACAGAAAUUUCUGGGGAAGAAUCAUUUCUCCACAGUCGAAAUAUGAUUCCAAUUAAAUCUGUUGGCAGUGAACUGAACAAUGAGGCCUCCUGCAUUCUCAGGAAUGGCAAGGGAUUCGCUGUGUUCUCACACAGAUGCUCACGAUGUCAUUGGCCUGGUGUUACAUUUUUAGCAGCUGGUAGUGCUCACUGCAGCCUGUUUCUUGUAGGCUGGCAAUUAGUUCAUAACUGUCCUGACAUAACUGAAGUUGGAGGAAUAAAAUUAACAUGGAAUUCCACUGUGCUUAAUGGGGAUGCUGACCAGUAAUAGAGAUGUAACUGAGUUCCUUCGGUUUCAAACAAUUUCAGUGCUUUAUUUUACUUUCCCUAUUAAACUGUCCCACAGUUAGCUUGAGCUGGGUUUCUUGGAAAUAUGGUUUUCAUUAUUUGCAUAUAAGAUUAGAGAAGCCUUAACUUACUAGCAAGCAAUCAAAUUAGUAGUCAUUGUCGACUGGAUCUUUUUUUCACACUGCAGUAAUAAAGAAGGUGGGGAAAAUGUUAGCAUCUGCCCAAUGGGUCAGCUGUCGUCUGCAUUUAGCUGUUUUUCCCAGAGAGAAAAAUUACUACUACAUUUGUCUUAAUAAAUGCUUUAUCUCACUGCU